AAAUCCAAAAACCCUUUCAAAACCCUGAUUCUCUUAUCAGUCACCGUCUCCAUUCCAACUCAAUUUCGAAAAACCAAAAGGAAAAGCGCUGCUGAUUAUUUUCACGCAAGUAACGGAAAAUGACAGCUCCUUCGAAGAAAAAACAACAGAAUCCAAAACAAAACGACGGUCCAAAAUUCAACAAAGCAUCACAGAAGCAGUUCAAAGCGAAGCAGACGAAAAAUAAGAAGAGUUUUUCAAACGACGCCGUCGUAAAAGAUGCGUCUAUUGCUUUGCAACUUGAAGAUGACGUCCCUGACUUCCCUCGAGGUGGUAAGAGUUCGUUGAGUCAGAGAGAAAGAGAGGAAAUUAGAGCACAAGUUGAUGAGGAAUUCGAGGGGGAGGAGAGGCGUUUGAAUAAGAAGAAUAAGAAGGGGAAGAAGUUUCAAAACAAGAGUAGUCAAUUAUCUGGAGAUGAUUUAGGUUCCCUUUUUGGCGAUGUUUUAACCGGAAAACUGCCUCGUUUUGCUAAUAAGAUCACAAUGAAGAACAUUUCUCCUGGAAUGAAGCUUUGGGGAGUUGUUACUGAAGUAAACGAGAAGGACCUUGUAAUUAGUCUUCCUGGAGGAUUGCGUGGAUUAGUACGUUCUGUGGAUGCAGUUGAUCCUGUUUUGAAUGAUCAAAUCGAGGAUGGUGAAGGUAGCCUUCCAAGAGUAUUCCAUGUAGGGCAGCUGGUUUCUUGCAUUGUGUUGAAGUUGGAUGAUGAUAAGAACGAUAACAAGAAAAGAAAGAUUUGGCUUUCUCUGCGCCUUUCGUUAUUGCACAAUGGCUUCUCAUUAGAUGCUGUUAAGGAAGGGAUGGUCCUCACCGCAUAUGUCAAAAGCAUUGAAGAUCAUGGUUUCAUCCUGCAUUUUGGUUUGUCAUCGUUUAUGGGAUUUUUGCCAAAGAACAGCCAAGCUGAGAGCAGGGAUUCUGAAGUGAAAACUGGGCAAUUUUUACAGGGGAUUGUUACAAAGAUUGAUAAAACUCGGAAAGUUGUUUAUCUGAGCUCUGACCCAGAUACAGUGUCUAAAUGUGUGACUAAGGAUCUUAAGGGCAUUUCAAUUGAUCUUCUCAUUCCAGGCAUGAUGGUUGAUGCCCGUGUACAGUCGACCCUUGAAAAUGGGAUAAUGUUAUCAUUCCUUACAUACUUUACUGGAACUGUUGAUAUGUUUCAUUUACAAAGUACUUUCCCUACUUCAAAUUGGAAGGAUGAUUAUGGAAAGAAUAAAAAGGUCAGUGCUCGUAUAUUAUUUAUCGAUCCCUCAACUAGAGCUGUUGGUUUGACUCUCAAUCAACAUCUUGUUCACAACAAUUCACCGCCAUCUAGUGUUAAAGUUGGAGAUAUUUAUGACAUUGCAAAAGUAGUCAGGGUAGAUAAAGGCAUGGGACUUCUACUUGAAAUCCCAUCUACUCCGCUGCCAACUCCAGCAUUUGUUAAUGUAUCUGAUGUGGCUGAAGAUGAGGUACGGAAGCUUGAAAAGAAGUUUAAGGAAGGAAGUAAUGUUCGUGUUCGAAUCCUUGGGUAUAGGCAUUUGGAAGGGCUUGCCACGGGGAUUUUGAAGGCUAGUGCUUUUGAAGGAUCUGUAUUCACCCACUCUGAUGUCAAGCCAGGCAUGGCAACAAGGGCUAAAAUCAUAGCUGUUGACAGCUUUGGGGCUAUUGUGCAAUUUCCUGGUGGAGUGAAGGCACUUUGUCCGCUUCGACAUAUGUCUGAAUUUGAAAUUGUGAAACCUCGGAAAAAAUUCAAGGUUGGAGCUGAGCUGUUUUUCCGUGUGCUGGGUUGCAAGUCCAAGAGAAUAACUGUGACACACAAGAAAACUCUUGUUAAAUCUAAACUUCCAAUUCUUAGUUCAUAUUCUGAUGCAACUGAUGGACUAAUAACACAUGGUUGGAUAACAAAGAUUGAAAAGCCUGGAUGCUUUGUCCAUUUUUACAAUGGAGUCCAGGGAUUUGCCCCCAGAUCUGAGCUUGGAUUGGAACCAGGAAGUGAUGCAAUUUCAACUUAUCAAGUUGGGCAGGUUGUCAAAUGCAGAGUAAUAAGUUCUAUUGCUGCUUCACGCAGGAUCAAUCUUAGUUUCAUAAUGAAGCCUCUAAGGUUUUCUGAAGAAGAUGGCAUCAAGAUGGGUAGUGUGGUUACUGGAGUUAUUGAUAAAGUUACCGCCUCUUCAGUAAUAGUUUAUGUUAAUGCAAAAGACUACUUGAAGGGGACAAUUGCUACCGAGCAUUUGUCAGAUCACCAUGAACAUGCUGCCUUGAUGAAGUCAGUCUUGAAGCCUGGAUACGAGUUUGAUCAACUACUGGUCCUAGAUAUUGAGAGCAACAAUUUGGCUCUCUCUGCUAAAUAUUCUCUUAUCAAGUCUGCUUCUCAGCUUCCUUCGGAUCUAAGCCAGAUUCGUCCUCAGUCAAUAGUCCAUGGGUACAUCUGUAACAUGAUUGAAACUGGCUGCUUUGUUCGCUUUCUUGGGAAUUUGACAGCUUUCUCCCCUAGAAGCAAGGCAAUGGAUGACCAAAGAUCUCAGCUUUCAGAAGCCUUUUACAUUGGACAAUCUGUUCGUAGUAAUAUACUCGAUGUUAACAAUGAAACAAGCAGAAUAACAGUGUCUUUGAAGCAGUCAUGCUGCUCAUCUACAGAUGCAUGCUUUCUUCAAGAAUACUUUCUCUCAGAGAACAAGAUUGCUGAUCUGCAAUCUUCAGAUUCUAAAGGUCGUGACUUGAAGUGGGUUGAAGGAUUUCAUAUUGGCAGCACUAUUGAGGGAAAAAUUCAGGAGUCAAAGGAAUUCGGUGUUGUUGUCAGUUUUGAGAAACAUAAUGAUGUUUUUGGUUUUAUUUCUCAUCACCAGUUAGGUGGAGCAAUGGUGAAAGCAGGUGCAAAUGUUCGAGCUGCUGUUCUUGAUGUUGCCAAGACAGAACGCCUUGUUGAUUUAUCUCUAAAGCUUGAGUUUUUGGAUAAAUCAAGAGACAAGAGUUCUAACAGCCUAACUCACAAGAAGAAACGAAAAGGAGAGAUGUCUAAGGACUUGGAGGUGCACCAAACAGUAAAUGCAGUUGUUGAGAUUGUGAAAGAAAAUUACCUGGUUCUGUCAAUUCCUGAGCAUAACUAUGCCAUAGGUUAUGCGUCGGUAUCAGACUAUAAUACACAAAAGAUAUCUCAGAAACAAUUUCUGAAUGGACAAAGCGUUAGUGCCACAGUUAUGGCUCUUCCAACCCCUUCUACUGCCGGGAGGUUGCUUUUGCUUCUGAAAUCUAUUAGUGAGGUGACUGAGACAUCCAGUUCAAAGAAGGCCAAGAGAAAGUCUAGCUGUAAUGCUGGAUCCCUGGUUCAGGCAGAGAUUACUGAAAUCAAGCCUCUUGAAAUGAGAUUGAAAUUCGGUAUUGGUUUCCGUGGAAGGAUUCAUAUAACAGAGGUCAACGAUACUUGUCUUUUGGAGAAUCCAUUUAGUAACUUCAGAGUUGGCCAAACAGUGUCUGCGAGGAUUAUUGCUAAGGCUGGUCAAUCUGAUAAUAAAAAAAGUCAGCUGUGGGAUUUGUCUAUCAAACCAAAAAUGCUUGAAGAUUCAUGCAUGAUAGAGGAUAAACUUGUGCCCAAGGAAUAUGAGUUUUCAUCUGGGCAACACGUCUCUGGUUAUGUAUAUAAAGUGGACGGUGAAUGGGCCUGGUUAACAAUAUCUCGACAUUUGAAGGCAAAGCUUUUUGUUCUCGACAGUGCUUGUGAACCUAGUGAACUUCAAGAAUUCCAAAAACGAUUCUAUGUUGGGAAGGCCGUGACUGGUCAUGUUUUGAACUAUAACAAGGAGAAAGCAUCAUUACGGUUGGCGCUCCAUCCAUUUGCUGCCUCUCAAACUCUUGUUGAUGGGGGAGCUCCAAUUAUGGAUGACCUACAGAGUAAUGCUCCCUGGGACAAUGUUACUGCUCAUAUUCGCGAAGGAGAUAUUGUAGGUGGUAGAAUUUCCAAGAUACUUCCAGGUGUUGGUGGAUUGCUGGUGCAACUUGGUCCUCAUAUACAUGGCAGGGUUCAUUUUACCGAACUUCAAGACUCGUGGGUUCCUGAUCCAUUGUCUGCAUACAAAGAAGGUCAAUUUGUCAAAUCCAAGGUCCUAGAGAUAAGCCAUCCAGUCAAGGGUACCAUUCACAUCGAUCUGUCUUUACGUUUAUCUUUGAUUGGCAUGCCUGGUCAAAAUUCAGCAGAGCUCUCGAAUAAUCAGGAUGCUCCCAGCAAACAUGUGGAUAAGAUUGAGGAUCUACAACCUGACAUGGUUGUGCAGGGUUAUGUUAAGAAUGUUUCAUCAAAAGGAUGUUUCAUUUCACUUUCAAGGAAACUUGAUGCAAAAAUUCUCCUCUCAAAUCUGUCUGAUGGAUAUAUUGAUGAUCCUGAAAAAGAAUUCCCCAUCGGGAAACUUUUAACUGGCCGGGUACUAUCUGUGGAGCAUCUAUCAAAGCGAAUUGAAGUUACCUUGAAGAAAUCGGGCGUAAGCAACGCGUCAAAAUCUGAAAACAGUGAUCUGAGUCGCCUACAUGUUGGGGAAAUAAUUUCUGGCAGGAUUAAACGAGUGGAAUCAUAUGGGUUGUUUAUCGCACUUGACCACACAAAUUUGGUUGGAUUGUGUCAUGUGUCACAGCUUUUGGAUCAUAUUGGUAACAUUGAAUCGAAAUAUAAAGCUGGGGAGAAGGUUACAGCAAAGAUUUUGAAGGUGGAUGAGGAAAGGCGCCGAAUCUCUCUUGGAAUGAAGAACUUGGAUGUUCGGGAUGAUAUGAACUCUUCAAAAGAAGAAUCUGAUGAAGAAAUGAGUGAAAAUGAAUCUAUGGAUGACAGCAAUGCUCAAAUAAAAAUAAUUCCGGAGAGCAGUUUGCUUGGUAUCCAUAACAUUGAUGUUGAAUGCCAGAAUGAACGUUCAAUUCUUGCCCAAGCAGAAUCCAGGGCCUCAAUUCCUCCGCUUGAGGUCGCACUUGAUGACACGGAGCACUCUCAUCCAGAUGAUGUCCUUCUUCAAAACCAAGGGCAUAUUGACGAGGCAGAUACUAUGGUUAAGAAGAAUAAACAAGAAAAGAAGAAACCAAAGAAAUUGAGUGAGCAAGAAAUUAGUGCUGCUGAAGAGAGACGGCUAGAGGAAGAUGAACCAAGGACUGCUGAUGAAUUUGAGAUGGUGAUUCGAAGCUCUCCCAAUAACAGUUUUCUUUGGAUAGCAUACAUGCGCUUCAUGCUCUCUUUGGCUGAUAUCGAGAAGGCUCGCUCUAUUGCUGAAAGGGCUUUGAAUACAAUUAAUAUUCGAGAAGAGGAUGAGAAGCUAAACAUUUGGGUGGCUUACUUCAACUUGGAAAAUGAAUAUGGAAAUCCUCCUGAGGAUGCUGUUAAGAAAGUAUUUCAGAGAGCAUUGCAAUAUUGUGAUCCAAAGAAGGUCCAUCUGGCACUCUUGAAAAUGUAUAAGAAGACUAAUCAGAAUAAAUUAGCUGAGGAGCUUCUUGACAAAAUGAUCAAGAAGUUCAAGCAUUCAUGCAAGUUUUGGUUGAAACGGGUAAAGUGGCUUCUCAAGCAAAAGCAAGAUGGGGUUCAGUCCGUUGUGCAACGUGCUCUUUUAUGCCUUCCUCGCCAUAAGCACAUCAAGUUCAUCUCUCAGACAGCUAUCCGUGAGUUCAAAUGCGGGGUCGCUGAUAGAGGGAGAACCCUGUUUGAAGAAAUUUUGAGAGAAUACCCAAAGAGAACAGACUUAUGGAGUGUUUAUCUUGAUCAGGAAAUUAAACUUGGAGACGCGGAUGUGAUUCGUUCACUUUUUGAGAGGGCAAUUAGUCUGAGUCUUCCACCUAAAAAGAUGAAAUUUUUAUUCAAGAAAUAUCUGGAGUAUGAGAAGUCUUAUGGUGAUGAAAAACAGAUCGAGUCUGUGAAACAGAAGGCCAUGGAAUAUGUUCAGAAUACCCUUGCCUGAUGAUACUGACCCUUGUUUCCAGCCUCAGUUUCAAUUUCAACCCAACAUGCACUGGGUUCAGUUCAUAGGUCUAGGUGUAUUCCAAAGAUGCUACCGAAUGCGUGGUCCGGUUUUGCUGCUAUUUUGAUGGGGGAAAAAGGGCACAGGUUAUAUGCAGCUAAUUGGAUCUAACUCGGGGCAAUGAUGUCGGUGAGGUCAUGCUAACACAAUUUAUCAUAGCGCCAUUUUUCCACUGCACAAUAGAGUUGCAGAUGGGCAUUGAUGUCCAGAUUGGUUAUUAAUGAAGGGUGUUUCGUUAUAGUGAUUGAAAUUAUUCCGGCUACAACAGUACACUUAUUCGGGAUCUAGCCCUUUUUGCACGGGCUACUUUUCUGUUAAGAGGAGUUGCAUUAAGUAAUGUAAAACUGAUGGGGAAAAAGCUUUCCUAUUUAUCAUAGAUUUUCUUGAUUUUCCA